CUGUGAAACUGCAGAUCGGACGGCAUAGAAGAGACGGGCCCCAUCCAGGCCUACGUACUCACUCUACUUAUAUCUACAAAAAAGAAGACCAUCAUGCCACCACCCCAGCAAGCCACCUCCUCCACUACAACUCCAGCCAGUGACAACCAGACCCAGACCCAAAAAGACAAGAAGCUGUCCACCCUCCGCACAUCCAUCGCCAGUCUACAAUCCCAAAUCACAGAAACAGAAACGCAAAUAGAACAGACCAAGGCCAAAUUGAAAAACGACCCAUCCACGACGGUCAAACGACACAUUCGUCUUCUCCAUGAGUACAAUGAAAUCAAAGAUAUCGCCCAGGGAUUGAUGGGUCUGAUUGCAGAUGCUCGUGGUGUACGGCAGGUGGACGUGCAGAGGGAGUAUGGUUUGGAUGAUCGGGACUGACUUCGUUAUGAUGUUGAUUGAUGGGGUUAGCGAUUGAUGCAGGCGUCCAGGGUAUUAGUUGUCGCUUCUUGCGGAGUUCAGGAACGGGUAAACAGGUUUGAGCAUGGCUUUGUGGUUUGGCGUUUAUGAAUGGCGAGGGGUAAUCUUCUUAUGAAUACAGACUUCUACAUCAGUAGAAUCGGGAGCCAUCCUGAAUAUGUGACCAAAAUAACUUG